GUGAGCAGGCGCCCAGCUGCCGGGUGUGAUUGAGCGUGCGCCCGCGGGGCUGUGUGUGACCGACCGCCGGGGAGGGUGUGACCGGGAGGGCGUCCAUGCGACUUCGGCGAGUGUGUGCGCGCAUCCAUGGGUGACAUGGGGACAGUGAGUGUGAGCAGGGGCGCGCGUGCUCGCGAGCACGAGUCCCUUCUGGGUCGAGGUGGCCCCCGCACCAAGCCGAGGGCAGGCCGACGCCCCACUGCCGGGAGGACGCCAGCGGCUUCCGCCAGACUUGCUAGGGGGAGGCCGAGCCCAAGGAGCGGCCUCACAGCUAAGGGCCAGCGAGGGGCAGUGACCUUGGGUCUUGAGAAGAGAGUUCCGCCUUCCAGGGUCACUGCCCUUCUUCGCCAAGAGAGGAGCUGCAAGCAGGAGGCAGCUGGGGCAGGAAUUGAGCUUCCUAAAGCCAUGUCCCAGAGCUUAGUGAUAUUUGGCGAUGUGUCCGUGGUUUUCUCCCAAGAUGAGUGGGAAUGGCUGAACCCUGCUCAGAGGAGCCUGUACCGGAAUGUGAUGUUGGAGAACUACAGGAACUUGGUCUCCCUGGGACUUUGCAUUUCUAAGCCUGAUAUCAUCUCCUUACUGGAACAAGGAAAAGAGCCCUGGAUGGUGAAGAGAAAGAUGACACGAGGCUGGGGUCCAGACUUGAAGCCUUUGCAGGAGACCAAGGAGUUACCUCCAAAGAAGGACUUUUGUGAAGAAAAGUUAUCCCAGGCAUUGAUCAUGGAGAGAUUUACAAACUAUAGCCUGGAGUGCUCCAUAUUAGAGGAAAACUGGGAUUCCACUGCUCUGUUUGAGAAACAGCCGGGCUUGGUGACUGUCAGGGAUGUGGCUGUAGACUUCUCCCAGCAGAAGAGUUUCUGUAAGACUGUGAUGUGGGAGAACCAUGGUGGCCUGGGGUCAGUAGGAUGUAGUGUUUCUAAGCCAGAUUUGGUCUCCUUACUGGAGCAAGGUACAGAGCCCUGGAUGGUGAAAAGAGAGUUGACAGGAGGCCUGUUCUCAGGCCAGCAAUCUGUAUGUGAGACCCAGAAAUUCUUUCCAAAGCUGGACACAUAUGAUGAAAUGGUGGACAGAAUUUCAGACACUAACCUUGAGUGUUCCAUUUUCAGAGAAAAGUGGGAUUCUGAUGGCUUGUUUGAAAGGAAGCUGGUAGGUCAGGAGACAAAAUUCCGGCAAGGGAUCAUCACUCACAACAAAACCCUCUCUAAGGAAAGAGACCAGACAUAUACCAAAUCUGGAAGAUGGUUCUAUUUGGACAAUUCAGAAGAGAAGGUUCACAAUCGUGAUUUGGUUAAGAAAGGUUUCCCGAAAAACUCAGUGGUGGUAAAACACACAGGAAUCUAUGUAGGAAAAAAACUCUUCAUAUGUAAUGAAUGUAAGAAAACUUUUACCCAGAGCUCAUCCCUUACAGUUCAUCAGAGAAUUCAUACUGGAGAGAAACCCUAUAAAUGUAAUGAAUGUGGGAAAGCCUUCAGUGAUGGUUCAUCCUUUGCACGACAUCAGAGGUGUCACACCGGCAAUAAGCCCUAUGAAUGUGUUGAAUGUGGGAAAGCUUUCAUACAGAACACAUCCCUUAUCCGCCACUGGAGGUACUAUCAUACUGGGGAGAAACCCUUUGAUUGCACUGAUUGUGGGAAAGCCUUCAGUGAUCACAUAGGGCUUAGUCAGCAUAGAAGGAUUCAUACUGGAGAGAAACCUUACAAAUGUGAUGUAUGUGACAAAUCCUUUAGGUAUGGCUCAUCGCUUACGGUGCAUCAAAGGAUUCAUACUGGAGAAAAACCAUACGAGUGUGAUGUUUGUAGGAAAGCCUUCAGCCAUCAUGCAUCGCUCACUCAACAUCAGAGAGUGCAUUCUGGAGAAAAGCCUUUUAAGUGUAAAGAAUGUGGGAAAGCUUUUAGGCAGAAUAUACACCUUGCUAGCCAUUUGAGGAUUCACACUGGAGAGAAGCCCUUUGAAUGUGGAGAAUGUGGGAAAUCCUUCAGCAUCAGCUCACAGCUUGCUACCCACCAGAGAAUUCAUACUGGAGAGAAGCCCUAUGAAUGUAAAGUGUGUAGUAAAGCCUUCACCCAGAAGGCUCAUCUUGCCCAGCAUCAAAAAACCCACACAGGAGAGAAACCCUAUGAGUGUAAGGAAUGCGGCAAAGCCUUCAGCCAGACCACGCACCUUAUUCAACAUCAGAGGGUUCAUACUGGAGAGAAGCCCUAUAAGUGUAUUGAAUGUGGGAAGGCCUUUGGUGACAACUCAUCCUGUACUCAACAUCAGAGACUUCAUACUGGCCAAAGACCUUAUGAAUGUAUUGAGUGUGGGAAGGCAUUCAAGACAAAGUCAUCUCUGAUUUGUCAUUGCAGAAGUCACACUGGAGAGAAACCUUAUGAAUGCAGUGCAUGUGGCAAAGCCUUUAGCCAUCGUCAAUCCCUUAGUGUCCAUCAGAGAAUUCAUUCUGGAAAGAAACCAUAUGAGUGUAAGGAAUGCAGGAAAACCUUCAUCCAAAUCGGACACUUAAAUCAACACAAAAGAGUUCAUACUGGAGAGAGAUCCUAUAACUACAAGAGAAGUAGGAAAGUUUUUAGGCAGACUGUACCCUUUGCUCAUCAUCAGAGAAUGCAUACUGGAGAGUCAUCAGCAAGCCCCUCUUUACCUCCCUCAUCAAGUCCUGUGGACCUAUUUCCCAAAUAUCUAUGGAAUCCAUCCUCACUGUCAUAAUCAUAGUCUCAAGACAUCAUUUCACCUAGACCACACCAAUAGUUUAAAAACUGAUGUAUCUGCCCUUUUUGGUUUGUUUUAUUUUUCUCUUAUAUAAGCUUAUUCUUCACUUUGCAGUCCAAGUGAUUUUUUUGUAAUUCUUUGACUCACGUAAAACUUGUGUUGAAAUCAUUUAAAUUGGUUAAUCCAUACGAUGUGCUUAGCACAGUGUCUGGGCCUUGCUAAGUGUUCAACAAUGUUAGCUGUUUUAGAAACAUUAUUUUUGGACAUUGAAGAGUUACCAUAGUCUGCUCUGAAUAAAAAUGAUGCAUAGAACAAGGCUAGGAGAACCCAGAUUUUAGAGCAGGAACAGGAGUUCUUGAGGUGGAUUGAUGAAGUUUAGCCUAUGUGGGUUUUAAACUUGAUUGCAUGAUGUUGAGUUAGUAUUGUGGCUUUGUAUCUGAAUUCAGUGAACAUAAGGUGAUGUGACCUGUUGUUGAGAAAAUUCAACUUUACUAUAUAUCUGACGACAGUCUUAGAAAGUGCCUGGAUGACAUGGAUGAGUGGGGCACCUGGAACAAAAGAACUAAGCCAAUCAGAAAAAUGCAAGGUUUAUGUGCAUAGAGUUAAAACUACUGGCAUGUUACUCAAAAAUUUAAAAAGAAUGGAAUCCAAUCUAUUUAAAGUUACAUGGGUUUAUAACUGAAUUCUAUUAAACUUUCAAGCAAUCAUUAAAGGUAAACAGAUCUAGAGUUGGGGUCAGCAAACUAUGACUUGUGGCCAAAUUUCCACUGCCUGUUUUUG